AUGACCACCCCUGUAUCCCUUUCAACCGGGCGUACCUCUACUUUGAUAACAGCAGUUUAUGAUUUUGGAGAGGAUUUGUUCAAGGAAAACACACUGAACAUUCGGAGUGUAAAGGCAUUUGUACUGCCAGAAAUGUCCUUAAUUGAGGAAGUAGCAGCAGAGGCUUUGCGGGCAGCAGAAGCAGACUUUGACGCCGGAAACUUGAUGGAAGAAAUGGUUGAAGCCCCAGUAGCCAAAAUGGUUGAAACCCUGGCUGACAUAGAGCCCGAUACCUUGGUCGACACAGAGCCCAAUACCCCGGUUGACACAGAACCUGAUAGCCCGGUGGCCAAAAUUGUCGAAACCCCGUGCACCAAACAGAGUGGUAUGUGA